AUGUUUCCCUCAAAGACGGCACGACAGCAAAAACAAGAGCGGUGGGACGAUGGACUCCCGCCAGUGCCUUUCUAUUCAGAUGACUUGGUAAACAUCUCGCCAACGUCCCCAAUUCAAAGUUUCAAGCAAAACCUCAACCUGAGUCCCGUCCCCCAAAUAGAAGUUCUUUGUGAACCAGAGGUCGAUGACUUGUCGCCAAAAAGUCCACAAAAAGUUGGGUUAAAACAUUCUGUCACGUUGAACAAGUCGAGAGAUGUCCGGGCACUUCAAACAGCACAAGAAUGUAUUUGCAUCGCAUUACUUAAUAAAUAUUGUUCGUUCUCUUUUAAACAACCAGCAAAGAAAAGCACUGUAGCUCCUCAAUUCUUGAGGAUUUGCAAAGUCACUUUUUCAGUGGGAGACGAGGUGGAUUUUGAAGACAUUGUCAAAAAGAGGUGUCUCCGCGUUUUACAGGAUGAUAUUAUUGCAGGAAUCCCUUCAAAAACGGCACAAAGGCGGUUUGAAACUAACAAGAAAACAGAGAUGAUCCACCUUCUCAUCGAUAUGUUAAGGGAGUUCGGCUAUUUUUUCCAAACACGUAUGACUGUUGGGAAAAGCGGGACGGUGAAGGCAGAGAAUAUCAUUGAGAUUUGGAAGAGCGGAAUUAAAAUGUUUGGGUGUAAAGACAUUGAGGAAAAGGGUGUUAAGGUGUCAAAGUACCUUGCGGAUCAGGGAAAGAACGAGAAAGAAUUUAUCAUUAAAAAGAAUAACCAGAGCAUUCAAAAGGCUAUUGUGUAA